AUGAUCGACAACGUCGUGCGCGCCUUCGCUGAACACAUCGGCCGUAGCAGUGUGCACUACCAAAAGUUCCACGAGCUGCAACGCAUCUUCUGCCAUACGAAUUUGGAGGCGCAGGGGAUCCACGAGGUCCGAUGGCUCUCCCGUGGUGAAGCGGUACAGCGCCUGCUCGAUGUUCUCCCUGCAGCUGUAGUGGUGCAGAAGGACUACAAGAAGGAGCUGUACGAGGUGGUUACCUCGUUCAAGUUCCACUGGCUCAUCCGCUUUCUUGCGGAUGUGCUGUGGGAACUCAACGCCCUCAACAAGCAACGCCAUGCAAUGGAUAAGAGAGAGAUGAACGCGGAGGGUGUAGACGGGGACGGGAAUCCCGUCCAUUUUGUCUACGAGCUGCACGAGCGUCGUCUGCCCGGACACGAAACUGAUGGCGACGUGACGGCGUGCGUGGAGCUGUCGAUCAAGUUUGUGCGUGCCGUGGACGCCGAGCUGGAGUGGCGGAUGCGCGACCUGAACCUGCUGGAAGGAACGAAGCUGUUUCGGACAGCUUCGUACGUGUCUGACGACAGCAAGCGCGUGGAGACCUUCAAAAAGUGGCUGGGCCUUCUUCACAAGCUGCACAACCAUAAGCUGCAUGGUAAGCCAUAA